GGAAUGGUGCUCUCUGCCGAGUACAUCAAGAAGAAGUUGGAGCAAGAAAUGGUGCUUUCUCAAGCUUUUGGACGAGACUUAGGGCGAGGAACAAAACACUAUGGCCUGAUUGUGGUUGGUCAUUCCCUAGGGGCUGGCACGGCUGCCAUCCUGUCCUUCCUCCUGCGUCCCCAGUACCCGUCGCUGAAGUGCUUUGCCUAUUCUCCCCCUGGCGGGCUGCUCAGUGAGGAUGCCAUGGAGUAUUCAAAAGAGUUUGUGACUGCAGUCGUGCUUGGUAAAGAUCUAGUGCCCAGAAUCGGCCUCUCUCAGCUCGAAGGGUUUCGCCGGCAGCUUCUGGAUGUUCUUCAAAGAAGCAACAAACCAAAGUGGCGAAUCAUCGUGGGCGCUACGAAGUGCAUCCCCAAGUCGGAGCUCCCCGAAGAGACGGAAGAAAACUCGGUGACGAGUAAUCGCCUCUGGACCCAUCCCAGCGAUCUCACCAUCGCCCUGUCGGCCAGCACGCCGCUCUACCCGCCCGGCCGCAUCAUCCACGUGGUGCACAACCACCCCGCAGAGCAGUGCUGCUGCUGCGAUCAGGAGGAUCCCACUUACUUUGCUAUCUGGGGUGACAACAAGGCGUUCAACGAAGUGAUCAUCUCACCGGCGAUGUUGCACGAGCACCUCCCGUAUGUGGUCAUGGAAGGGCUCAACAAGGUCUUGGAGAAUUACAACAAGGGGAAAACAGCUUUACUUUCUGCAGCCAAAGUGAUGGUGAGCCCCACAGAAGUGGAUCUCACCCCGGAGCUGAUCUUCCAGAGUCAACCCUUGCCUAGCGGGCCCUCGGUGCAGAUCACAACUGGAGCCGUGACGGUGGACAGAAGGAACAGCAGCACUAAGAGCAAGUCCCACUCUGAAAUCAGCUUGGAGGGCUUCUAUGAGACAAAGCCCCUUUCCCCUGUGCAGAAAGACCCCGUGGAGCUGCUUCUCCUGGAUACAAAGGAACGUCUGUCCGUGGAGCUGCAGGACCGUCGUGCCCCUCUGGCAACCAUGGAGAGCCUCUCGGACAACGAAUCCAUCUACAGCUUCGAUUCAAGGCGUUCCUCUGGUUUCCGGAGCAUCCGGGGCUCCCCUAGCCUCCAUGCUGUCAUGGAGAAGGACGAGACGCACUGUUUUUAUAUAGACCCUGUUAUCCCCGAGGAAAACCCUUCCCUCAGCUCCCGGACGGAGCUGCUGGCUGCCGACAGCCUCUCCAAGCACUCCCAGGAGACUCAGCCCCCCGACAACGCUCUCAACAGCGGCGACACCACCCCGCAGCGUCGCUGCAGCGAGGAGGGGGCCAGCAGCGAGGGGGACCGUGUUUCCUUAGCCCCUCGCGAGGAGCUGGCCCUCCAAAACGGCCGGCUCACCGAUGUCCCCAGUCCCCAAGUGCUGGAAUUCGCUGAGUUCAUAGACAGCCUCUUUAAUCUGGAUAGCAAAAGCAGCUCCUUCCAGGACAUCUACUGCAUGAUGGUGUCGGACAGCUCCAGUGACUUUGCGGAGAUGCCCAAGUCUGUCAGCGAACAGGAGAUCCUCUUGAGGGCACAAUACGAACCCAACCUAGUCCCAAAGCCCCCGAGGUUGUUUGCUGGCUCAACAGAUCCUUCGUCGGGCAUCUCUGUCUCCCCCUCUUUCCCCCUUAGCUCCUCUGGAGAACUCAUGGACAUCACUCCCACAGGUGUGAGCAGCCAGGAGUGCCUGGCCACGGACAAAAUCCGGACUUCCACCCCCUCCGGGCACGUAAGCAGCCCUGCCAAGCAGGACGACCUCAUGAUUUCGGCCCUCUAG